UGAAGCAAAACCCUUAGGACUGGUAACUAGCCAGCUUAUUGUUAUGCUAAAAUGGAGGAUACCUCGAGCGAACCCGGAUUUCCCUAAAAUAUGAGAUUUAACCAAAAGGAACUCGCUUUUAUUGCUACAAGAACAGACAUUCCCUUUGACAAGGAAGAUGUAUUGUGGUUGAAGGAGAAAGAAGGCCAUUUCUGGCAAAGGAACGAAGUUUAUACAGAAAGAUGGUUUCGCCUCAGAGGAAAUCUGCUGUUCUACUUCAAGACAAAAGACAAGACCUCUGACCCUGUUGGUGCUAUAGUGCUUGAACGGUGCCAAGUGUUAAAAGACUCACCAACUCAGAAGAAGCAUGGAUUCACAAUUGUGUUUGAUGAAGAUGACACUCAGCGGUAUCAUCUCAGAGGAAAAUCAACCAAAGAUACAGAAGAAUGGAUGGAAAAGAUAAAAAAUGCCAGUUAUGAAAGUUUAAGAAGCAAGCUUCUUAGCUUGAGGAAACAGCUGAUGGAGAUUACUGGAAAGGAUCCACUUCCAGAUUUUCAUCCUCUAGCCCAACAAGAGCCCCUCAAGCCUGGCAUUGGUCAGUACUCAUCUACAAGUACAGCAGAUGCUGAUGAAACUCCUUUCUUGGAAAUGUGUAUUGCUUGUCAUCAGCUGAUUAGUUCAGAGGAAGGACAACUGCCAAAUGCCUUUGUUGAAAUUAGAACCAUGACCCCACCCUCAACAUCUUGGAGUAAACAUGCACAGACUGAAAUAAUUGAGCAAAAAAUUGACCCAUAUUUUCUGACAACUGUGGUGUUCCCUGAGGGAACAGUGAAUGAGAUGACUCGUUUAAAAUUAGCGGUGUUUGAUGUUAGAGACAGAGAAAAAGAAGAGAUGUCCUUGUUGGGGCAAGCAAUGUGCACAAUGGGAGACAUUUUAACAUCAGUUGAUCAGAAAUUGCUCUUAACUUUGACUCCUCUUGAUUCACCUGAUGCCUGUGGAACUGUCACAGUACUCGGAUGGAAGGUGGAUGGUCGUAAAUCAUCAAAAAGAAUUUCUCAAAUUGAGGUAAAGGUAUUUUUAGUCACGUAUAGUGCGGUUGGUCUGAGUUAUUCCCUUAGCUAAGGAGUAUCUUUGUCAUUGCAGAAGGAGGAUGAUGUGGGAACUAGGAAAAAUAGCGGAAGAUCUAUGGCGAUGGUGGAACACAUUCAGAAAAGAAGUUACAGAUUCCCAACCACGAUGCGAGGUGUUGUCCUCAAAGUGGUGGAAAUGAUGGGAGAGAGCGUCCUCACUUUCAAAAUACCAAUUCAGCUGUUGAAAAUGUAUAUCGCAGAGGAGCAGCAGAAGAUUCUUGAGCUUCACCACCUGGGAGAUUUGAACCCUAACUGGGAAAAUGCUCGGCAAGAGAUCCUUGACAAUCAUUUCAAGCUCAUCUGUGCUUACAAAGGCAAUCUUCAAGAACUUGUUCCUUUACAAGGUACAUUUUUUAAGCCUGCGAGACUCAGAAAUGAUAAGAAACUGGCUUUUAUUCCAAUUAAUCUGCACAUUCAGAGAAUGAAGGUUAUGCAAGACAAUGAGGGAGGGACAUUGUAUGACAUGGUCACCGUCGGUGCUCCAGCUGCUCAUACGCUUAAAUUUGGCCAGGGAGGACUAAGGCGACUGUACACGACACUUAGGAAGGCACAACAGAGUGGUGGGGAGAGUGAAAACAAAGCUCCAGUGGUGAAACAGCUUAGAGUUAAUUUGGAAAAAUUUAAGUCCCAACUGAGCCAACAUUGUGAAAAUGUCAAGAAGGCCAUCAGAUCGGGAGAUGUGACAAAUCUUUUGGAAACCAUGUCGCGUCUUUCAGACAAGGCAACGCAGUUAUUGAAAUUUCGUGAAGCCCCUUUGGUGGUAGAAUCAUUAGCGUCGCUUGAGAAAGCUGUGCCUUCUCCUAAAGAGGAAGAUUCGCCUACAGACGGAGAUAAUUUCUGGAAUGUUCAGAUAUUUACCAAACCUAGUGCUAAGUGCCAGGAACUGUCUACUCUCGUCAAUCAGAGCCUCGUCAUGAUGCAGAGUCACAUGGAAAGUAUGGUUCAGAAUGCUCGGUCACCUGAAGGAAAAUCUUGGGUGGAAGUGAUUUUAUCUGAGGUGCAUGACUUUUCCAGAGCUGUAGACGGUCUAGUGAAGGAAAUCUAUCUGGGAAUGAUAUUCCUUCAGUUACAGGAAGAAGCCAAACACGCCUCUCUACUGUACGAAAUUCGAAGAAGGCAGGACAUUGUUUUCUCUCACGCAGUCACGGCUUUGGUGGCUGGGUUUGUUUGUAAACUUCACACAUCAUUCUCCAACGCUGUGUAUCUAAAGCAACUUGUUCAGAUUGGGUUUCUGGCACAUUUUGAGAGCCUUCUUACCACAAACGGGGAUGAAAUGGGAAUGCUGGAAGACGUGUGUGUGAGCAUAAGUAACCUAACGUGCGUCAAAUUUAAGUUCAAACUGUGUGACAGAGAAGAUGAAAUCCCAACUUUAAGUGGGAACAGGUCUUAUAUUCAAGUGAACGUGUCACUUCCGCCUGUCCACUUCCGGAGACUGCCACGUGACUUACAGGAAGGUCGUUUAGUCAAGGUCAUUCCAGUGCUCUUUACACAAGGCAUCAAUGAACACGCUACAUUGGCUGAAAGAUUUGGAGAUACCAGCCUACAAGAAAAGAUCAAUGGUGAUAACUAUAGUAUCCUAAAUUUUUACCUUGAACAGUUCAAAGACAAGUUUCCCGACGCAAUUGCCUCCAGAAGGGAAGGUGAUCAUAGUGUGGAGCAGCUAAUGAAGUCCUUGAAAUCAAACAUUGAAAGCAGACGAGGGAAGAAUGUGGACAUUCUCCUCAUCAGCGAAGAGAUUUGUUGGAGGUUGAACGGAUGCCGUUUCAUGAGUUGUAAAAGCGCAAAAGACCGAACAGGAAUGGGAAUCACUUUGGAGCAGUGCAUGAUCCUCAAACGGGAACACAACAUGGACUCACAGUUUUUCCAGCAGGCCUUAGACGCCAUGAGAAGUGAAGGGACGAGACGAGAAAAUACAUUCAAGAACACUGGAAUACGAAGAUAUGCCUUCAAUUCGUGGCAAGUCAUGGCUUUGCCCAAACUCUAUCGACCCCCUGACGGUACUUACGGAAAAAAUGUUCAGACUUGAUAACAAGAAAGUGGAAAACAAGUCAUGAGGAAAAAAAAGACUUUAUACCAUAGUCAAUGCGUUAUUCAUUUCAAACAAUUUUCUCGAACUAGAAUGUCACGCGUUCUUCUCGAACGUUUUGUAAACUUGUCACGCUAUGCUCUCUUUAAAUGGAGCAAAGGUAUGAUACGAGAUGUCAUUAACCUUUCCAGCCAUUGAAAAUGAGCAUGCUUGGAUUGUUCUAUCUUUUUACAGAAAUAUAUUCCCCCCCUUUGAUGCUUUCGAAUAUUUGCCUGUUGCGUCUUACUUGAGAAAUGAAUUGGAAAUUUUUUGUUCAUUAAUAACAAUUAUUCACCGACACUAUGGUAAAUAAUUGUCUUAGCAAAGACUUAGUAUAGACUACACAGCAACCAAAAAAUGAAUUUUCUGUCAAUACACCGAAGAAGGAAAUUAAACUCUUGACGCCGGAUUUUUUCCCCUGCUGCUCGGAGGGGAACAUUACUGGCUAAAUACUUCCGAACCGGGCAAUCAGCGCGCGCGGAAAACACUAUUCACCUGUGUGGUAUAUACUAAUUUUGAUUAACGCUGGCGUGAGGCAAGAAGUAAAUUAGGAGGGUUUACUAAGAAAUAAAACAUUUAAGAUUCUAAGUAGACACAGAGGUUGCAGUGAUUUUCUAAAUUGCAAAAAUUUGUACAUAUCUCUAUUUUCUUCACUUCCAAGAUAGUUUUUGGGCGAAUGAUUAAAAACUUGUGGAGGAUGUGAAAAUUCAUCACUCUAAGUUUGUAUUCCAAUAAUGUUUGGAGAGUAUUCGAAAAUAAAGAUUCAAUUUUAUGAAUAAUAAUUCAUUCUGCAGAAAGCGGAAAGUAAUUGUAUAAUCUGAACUGAAGCCUAUUUUCAUUUUAACUUUAAAUGCGCAGGAAAUUAUUAUAUUUAGGAAAGAUUCCGAAAAUGUAACUUAGAUUGGUGGUAAGAAACUAUGAUGAGGCUACUAUUGCAGAAUAAUGAAUAAAGAGAAGUUAUUUCACUCAA